AUGGUGUCCACAGAGGCCACGUUUGGACACAAGAGUAAGCAGGUAACAGGUUACCUCCUGUUCUCCCUGUCCACCGCCGUCAUCGGCUCGCUGCAGUUUGGUUACAACACGGGGGUCAUCAACGCCCCCGAGCAGAAACUGCGAAACUUCUUCAACAACACCUGGAUGGAGCGUUACGGCGAGCCCAUCAGCCUGGGCGUCCAAACCAUCGUCUGGAGCGUCGCCGUGGCCAUCUUCAGCGUGGGCGGCAUGGUGGGCUCCUUCAGCGUGGGCGUCAUGGCGAACCGCUUUGGAAGACGUCGCUCCAUGUUCCUGGUCAACAUCCUGGCGGUGAUCGGCGGCCUCCUCAUGGGCUUCUCCACCAUCUGCUCCUCCUACGAGAUGGUGAUCGCCGGGCGCCUGGUCAUCGGCCUCUUCUGCGGCCUCUUCACCGGCCUCACUCCCAUGUACGUGGGCGAGGUGUCGCCCACCCCGCUGAGAGGGGCCUUCGGCACGCUGCACCAGCUGGGAGUGGUGGUGGGCAUCCUGAUCGCACAGAUCUUUGGGCUGGAGGUUCUGCUGGGUUCGGACGAGCUGUGGCCCCUGCUGCUGGCCCUCACCGUGGCCCCGGCGGUGCUGCAGUGCCUCCUGCUGCCCUUCUGCCCCGAGAGCCCCCGCUUCCUGCUCAUCAACCUCAACCAGGAGGAGCAGGCGCGCAAAGCCCUGGUGCGUCUGCGGGGCAGCGAUGACGUCAGCAAAGACAUGCAGGAGAUGAAGGAGGAGAGCGCCAAGAUGGCCAUGGAGAAGAAGGUGACCAUCCCCGAGCUCUUCCGCACGGCGGCGUACCGACAACCGCUGCUCAUCGCCGUCAUGCUGCAGCUCUCCCAGCAGCUGUCUGGGAUCAACGCUGUGUUCUACUACUCGACGGGCAUCUUCGACUCCGCCGGCGUCAAAAAGCCCAUUUAUGCCACCAUCGGAGCCGGCAUCGUCAACACCAUCUUCACUGUUGUUUCUCUCUUCCUGGUGGAGAAGGCGGGACGAAGGACUCUGCACCUGCUGGGAUUGGGUGGCAUGGCCGUCUGCGCUCUGGUCAUGACCGUCUCCCUGCUGCUGAAGAAGUUCACAUCCAUGAGCUACGUGGCCAUCAUGGCGGUCAUGGGAUUCGUGGCGAUGUUCGAGCUGGGCCCCGGUCCAAUCCCAUGGUUCAUUGUGGCCGAGCUGUUCUCCCAGGGGCCGCGCCCCGCCGCCAUGGCUGUGGCCGGCUGCUCCAACUGGACCGCCAACUUCCUGGUGGGAAUGAGCUUCCCCAAACUCGUGGAACUGUGCGGCCCCUGGGUCUUCAUCAUCUUCUCCAUCUUCCUCGUCCUCUUCUUCAUCUUCACCUUCUUCAAAGUCCCCGAGACCAAGGGCAAGACCUUCGACGAGAUCGCCCGCAGCUUCGGCGGCGCGCCUCCCACCUCCUCGUCCAUCGAGGCCCCUCCCACCAGCCCCAGCGCCGCCGCGACUCUUCCCGCCUCGCCGGUGAAGGAGAAGGUCCCGCUGGUGCAGCCGGCGGCGGCGGCGGCGGCCCCGGCCCCGGCCCCGGCGGCGGCGGCAGCGGCCGAGAGCACACCGCUGGAGGAUAAAUCCAACUCGACGGUGCAGGAGAGUUUGUAGAGAGAGGCGUUGGGCGGGCGAAGGGGGUUAUAAAUGAAGGAAGAGUCACAGAGAUUUCAAAAACACUGUAAAUUAUCACGCCGGGGGAACAAUAGAUAGGAAGUCUAGAGUUUUAUAAUAGAGCUAGCCAGACCUGCUUCACGCUUCCACGGUGACUCAUAAAACUGGACUUUUUUUUUUUUUGAUUCUCUGUGACGUUUUUCUGACGAUUCCUUCCUUUAAACUCUCCCUUCCUCUAAACCGGUUCAGUUUCAGAGGUUGCCGGGGGGGUCACUGUACAGCACCGCACAUUCAAGCUCCAUUCUUAGCAAUUCAGGUACACUCUUAAACUGGAUGAGUCGCUUUCAAGGCAGCUGUGCGUCCUGGCCGGUGAUGAGUCGCGUUCGUAUGCCGCCGUCGCAGGCGAGAUGCACCGGUGUGUUGAAAAUGACCCACGUGCUGUAUAUAUAUAUACGGUUCAUAUGCAGCAGCAUAACAUGUGAGUUCAGGUCCGUUUAGCCGGACGACGUGACGGAGAGGAGGCAGAUCGCGUGGAGAGCUGCGAUGCACAUUUCAUGAAAUUUAAUUAUUCAUUUUGUUAGAGUUUAUUCUAGUGAGUAUUUCAGUGCAAUAUUACCUGUGUAGCUGUAGAAUUAUUUAUUACUUCAAUUAUUUUGUAUCAGUUUUUAGUCAUCGCUGUUAUUUAUCUUUUCGGAAGUGUUUUCAAUUCAUAGGUCCAAACAAAAAAAAAGGGAUUUUUUUUUUUUUUUUUAAUGUAUGUUUU